AUGGCGACGGCCACACAGCGAGCCGAGGAAGCGGAUCCGAGCGGUGUGGGAGAAGUGUCGCUCGGACAAAAGAUGAUGUCUGCCGUGUCUGGUAGUGUUCUCACGUCGUUGCUAGUCACCCCUCUUGACGUCGUCCGCGUACGAUUACAAUCACAAGAAACCGUUCCGAGCACCUUACCACGGCCACGCGGGUUCAAUGGCGCAACACUAACACAAUUCCGCGAUCUACCCCCCAACCUCGGCAUAUCGUCCUGCUGCAGAGAAGUCUUCUGGAUGAACAACAAGGCGCCCUUCUGUGUAGCGGGGCCGACCAUGGCACCCAUCAACCCCGCAGACUUGAGCUGUGCCGUAGAGGAGGUCGAACGGAAAACAAUAAACAGCACAUGGGACGGUCUACGGAAGAUUGCCCAGAACGAGGGACCGCGAACACUAUGGAGAGGACUAUCGCCGACCCUGGUCAUGGCAGUACCUGCGAAUGUCAUCUACUUCGCCGGAUACGACUGGUUGCGAACAGCGCAAGCCUCACCCUUACGACAAACUGUCUCCGAUACGUACAUACCAUUAGUGGCAGGAGCGACUGCACGAGUACUUGCUGCGAUAGCAGUGGGCCCGAUUGAGAUAUUCCGAACGCGGAUGCAGGCAGCCAACUCUACUGCCACCGCUGCUGGACACUUUCGCGAUACAAUGGACGGACUCCGAGAAAUGGUCGGCAGCCAGGGUGUCUCCAGCCUAUGGAGGGGUCUCACAUUGACCCUCUGGCGCGAUGUUCCUUUCUCCGCCAUGUACUGGUGGGGUUAUGAGGCCACAAGAAACGUUUUGACCGACCAACGAGGAAGGAGGGAGGCAAGAAAUGAUGGUUUCGAGUUCCGCAUGGGCCGAGGCGAGGACAGGGUACGAAGAAGAAGUAGGUCAAGAAGCCAGGAGAAUCACAGAGAUACGUUGGUCGAUAGUUUUAUCGCCGGUGCUACAUCAGGAGCAGUCGCUGCUUUCGUCACCACACCAUUCGAUGUCGGCAAGACACGGCAACAAGUUGCACGGCAUAUGGGCGAGACAGCCAAGGACAUCGCGAACUCAACACGGCCAGAAGACCAAUCCAUGCCACGCUUUCUCGCGCAUAUCUACCGUGAACAAGGCAUGCCAGGUCUGUUCAAGGGUUGGGCAGCUCGAUGUCUAAAAAUUGCACCUGCGUGUGCUAUCAUGAUCAGCUGUUAUGAAUUCAGCAAAAAAAUGGCCCUGGACAUGAACGAACGACGAGAACGGGAACGGCUGGACGCAUGA